AUGGCUGUCAAAGUUGCAAUCAUCAUCUACUCGUUGUACCACCACAUUGCUCAAAUCGCUGAAGAAGAAAAGAAAGGUAUUGAAGCCGCUGGUGGUCAUGCAGACAUCUACCAAGUUCCAGAGACCUUGUCAGAAGAUGUUUUGAAAUUGUUGCACGCACCACAAAAGCCAAACUACCCAAUUGCUACUCCAGACACCUUGACCCAAUACGAUGCUUUCCUUUUCGGUAUCCCAACCAGAUUCGGUAACUACCCAGCUCAAUUCAAGGCAUUCUGGGAUGCCACCGGAGGCUUGUGGGCCAAGGGUGCUUUGUACGGUAAAAUUGCCGGUAUCUUUGUCUCCACUGGUACCCAAGGUGGUGGUCAAGAAACCACUGCUUUGAAUGCAUUAUCAGUCUUGGUUCACCACGGUAUCAUCUACGUGCCAUUGGGUUACGCCAAGGCAUUUGCAUUGCAAUCCAACUUGGAAGAGAUCCACGGUGGUUCUCCAUACGGUGCUGGUACCUUUGCCGGUCCAGAUGGAUCAAGACAACCAACCGCAUUGGAGAAGGAGAUUGCUGCUACCCAAGGUAAGGUGUUUUACGAAACCGCUGUCAAAUACUUGGCUUAA